AACAAGACAGUGCAGGACAAAAAAUACAAGUCAAUACACAAAAGACAAUGAACAAAAAACAUUUCACUUGUAGACACCAUACUCAUCUUGACAUUUGCUGCACUUCUCUAUUUUAUGUGAAAUACAGGUUAAUUUAUUUCUAAUCUCGGUCUACAGCAAAUUCUAAUCUGUGUCUCUUGGUAUAUAGUACCAAGAAGAAAGAAAGAAAGACAGUAUUAUAAUGGAAACUUUCACAUACACAUUGUACAGCUUUCAUUUACAUCAUUGUAUCCGAGUCUUUUUCUGUGCACAACAGCCUUUAGCUCACAAUGACUGACCUCAUGCCUUGUGUCCAGCUGAAUACCAAAGCUCAGAUGCCAUUGUUGGGUUUGGGCACGUUCCGUUUGCAAGGCCCUGAGGAAACUUAUAAGGCUGUGGAUGCUGCCUUAACAGCAGGCUACCGAGCUUUCGAUACAGCAGCAGUGUACCGCAACGAAGCAUACAUUGGCCAGGCUCUUAGCACCUUGUUGCCCAAACAUGGCCUUUCCAGAGCUGAUGUGUUCAUAACGUCUAAACUAAGUCCCAGAGACCAGGGUUCCAAAGCCAAGGAUGGAUGUUUGAGAAGCCUGGAGCAACUAGGCUUAGAUUAUAUUGACCUGUUUCUCAUUCACUGGCCUGGUACACAGGGUUUGGAUGUAAAGGAUAAGCGAAACCCUGACAAUCGAGCUCAAAGUUGGGCAACUUUGGAGGAGUUCCAUGCAGAGGGAAAGUUCCGUGCCAUUGGAGUGUCGAACUACACGGUGAAGCACAUGGAGGAGCUGAUGAAGAGCUGCAGAGUCAUUCCAGCUGUUCUCCAGGUGGAGUUCCACCCAAAGUUGGCUCAGAAGGAGCUAAGGACAUUAUGUGAGAAAAGUGGAGUCUGCUUCCAAGCAUACUCCUCCCUGGGGACAGGCAUUCUCCUCUCUGAUACUCUGGUUCAGAAGAUUGCAGAACGUUGUGGAAAAACCCCAGCUCAGGUGCUUCUGAGGUGGGCUGUGCAGCAAAACAUACCUGUGUUGCCGAAAUCAUGCCAACCCUGCAGGGUGCAAGAGAACAGAUGCGUGUUUGACUUUGAGCUCAGUGACAGUGACAUGGUGAAGCUUUCAUCUCUAGACUGCAAUGAAAAGUUCUGUUGGGACCCAGCACUGGUACUCUAGACUAAUUCCAGUGUCAAAUGUAGAACAACAUCAAUAAGAUUAUCAUGUAAUAAUAAAACCGACUAUUUUUUUUAACAUAUGUAAUACAAGUGUUAAAGACCAUGCAGGCCAACUUGAAUGUAGUGUUUAUCUAAAUUCUUAGAUAAACCAAUAAUCCAUACAUAACAUACAUAUUUGCCUUGUACCUCCAGGGUUACGGGUUUGGUUCCUGUCUCUGGCCUGUGUGUAUGGAGUUAGCAUGUUCUUCUGGGGUCUCCUCUGGGUACUCCAUUUUUCUCCCCAGUCUAAUGACAUGUGACUGUUGACUAACUGCUCUCUCUAAAUAGCCCAUGGUGUACAAGUGAGCCCUGUGAUGAGCUGGUACCCUUGUCGAGUGUUCCCCAUAUUGUGCCCAGAGUCCCAUUGUAUAGACUGAAGGCUCCCCACAACCCUGUGAUGGAUACAUGUUACAGAAAAUGGAUGGAUGGAUUUAAAUUCUAGAUGUAAAAAUAGAAUUCUGAAAAUCUGCACUAUCCCCUAAAACUCGCAAAUUAUUUACGAACAAUAAAAAACACACACUUGCAGAAGUUUCUUUAAUAAAACCAUAUUUAUUUUU